AUGUCUGCUGUUCGCACUUCUGUGCCUUGUCAAGAACUAAAUCGACUCCAACUCGACUUACAUCAGCAGACCUUCAGUCAGCAAUAUUCAAGCAUCUACUUUGCCCGGCUAACUGCUCUUCGUCCAAAAGUCGUCCAUGCCGGUCGCAAGAGAUGGCCCAACCAUCCCGAACUGAGUCGCGUUUUGGAUGUACGAAAUGAUCAAAACUGCUGGGUCAUCGGUACCGCCUACAUGACCUCCAACUUGAAGCCAAAUGUUAUGGACGAUGUCACUCAACUUCACACCAUCGUCACCGCUUCCGAAAAUUCUCCCUAUGUCUCUCUCGAAAACGGCGACGCCAACGAUAUCCAAUAUUCCCUCGAGGACAGCUAUGGCCGUGUCGAUUGUGCUGGUUCCAUCAUGUACGACGCCGGAGUUGUCACCGGUGUUGUGAUGGCCGCUCUUGGUCAUGAAGAUGAGGCUGGCCGCUUCGUUGUUAUUGACGUGUGCUUUCCCGAAACCAUGCCCCCAACCGACUCCAUACCAAUGUCCAUCGACCGGAAAGAGGACGCUGCUCCUGAAUUUUUAGCCGUCGUCAGUGGAUUAGGUCUUUCCAACGACGGUAUUGAGGGAAUCGGUCUGCACCAAAUCGUCGACUACCUUCGGGGUGCUCUUCCAUCCAUGAGUUCUUCCUUUGAUCCCACCUCCAUCAAGCGCUUCAUGAUCCUUGGUAACUGUCUCGCUCCAGCUAUGGAAAUCUCCGAUUCCUCCACUCCCUCUGUUCCGGUUGGAAAGAAAAAAGUAAAGCGUUAUGGGUAUGAUACGUCAAGCUAUAAUCCAAAUCCGACUAUACAGCUAGAUGCCUUUUUACAUCAACUUUGUUCCGUGGUAGAUGUAACCCUAAUCCCUGGUCCCUAUGAUUACAGUACAAAUAUCCUUCCUCAGCAGCCUCUUCAUCCAGCGCUCUUACAAAAUGCAAAAGCAUGGAUUGGAAGUUCCCUGCAAACAACUACAAAUCCUACUUGGCUUUCUAUUCAUAACAAUCUGACGCUUGCAAGCAGUGGACAGAAUAUCGAUGAUCUUCGUAAAUAUCACCCUUACAAGUCCUCCUUGCAAUUGAUGGAAAAUACCAUUUUAUGGAAUCAUAUAACCCCUACUAGUCCUGAUACUCUAUGGUGCUAUCCAUUUACUGACCGAGAUACUUUUGUCAUGGACGAGUUGCCAAAUCUAUAUUUAUGCGGAAACCAACCAAAAUUCGGUACAAAAAUGAUCCAAAGUCAGUCCAAGUCCGUCCGACUCGUAUCCGUUCCAGAGUUCCGUAAAACUGGCAUUAUAACGUUAAUUAAUCUCAAGAACUUGGAUGUACGUGCAUUAGUAUUUCCUCGAAAAUCAGACAUAUCUGAAGUGACCACGCCAAACGUUGAAUAA